AUGGCGGUGAACGUGGCCGACACUAACGCGCAGCCUGGCAGUCUAGCAGCCAACGGGGCCUCGCUGUUGACGUUCGGCAAGAUGUACGCCGUGCUCUCGACCAAGAAGGUAUUCCUGGUGUCGAUAGUUGUAUCAGCAGCUGGCUCCGUCGUUUGCGCCGUUGCCAAGACAUCGCCCGUCUUCAUCGUGGGGAGAGUCCUUGCCGGCCUCGGGUGUGCAGGCAUGCAGGUUGGAACCACACUCCUGACGGCGUCUAUCAUGCCCCUUCACAAGCGGCCCUUUUACGGCGGGAUCAUGGGGACGGGGGAGACUCUGGCCGUCAUGGCCGGGCCCCUCGUUGCGGGCGGCAUCGCACAGUCCGUGGGCUGGCCGUGGUGCUUCUGGAUCAACCUGCCCGUCGACGCCAUUCUCUUCGUGGCACUCGUCUUCCUGGUGACCGAGAAAAGAGCGGACUCCAAGGCCCGUUGUUGGCUCAUACGGCUGGAAGACCUCGGCGAGCUCGACCUGCCCGGUGGGUUUCUGAUCGCGGGCGGCACGGCAUGCCUGCUUUUGGGGCUGAACUCGGCCGGCACGAGCAACUCGUGGACUGAAGCGGUGGUGCUGGCGCCCAUCCUGGUGUCGGUUGCCGUCUUCGUCGUGGCGGCGGUUGACCAGCACAAGAAGAUGGACCGGGCGACCUUUCCCACGCGACUCCUGAAGAACCGGCAUUUUGUCACCAACUUGGUUUGGCUGUGGACGCAGGCGGGCUCGCAGAUACCGACGUCGUACUAUGUGAGUGGUCAUCACUGGUCCUGUGUUUUAGCAGUCCCCCGCCCUUCCUCCUUACAAUAUUUUCCGAUAUGGAUACAGGGACUGGCAACCGAGUCCGUUCUGCAAGCUUCCAUUGGAAUACUGCCCACCCUCGGGGCUUCCAUCGUCGGCACCAUCGCCAGCGGGAUUCUGGCGUGGGCGGUACACUAUCUGCCCCCGGGGACGAUAGCAGGAACGGCCGUGAUGGCGGUCGGCUCGGGUCUGCUCUACAGCCUCCGGCCGGACAGCAGCCGGCCGGUCUGGAUGGGGUUCGGCGCCGUGUUCGGGCUCGGGAACGGUUUCACGACGCAGCAGGUCGCCGUCGGCGCCCAGGCCGAGCUGGACGAGAAGGACUUCCCCGCGGGCAUGUCGGCACUCGCCGUCGUGCGGAACGUGUCGGCGGCCAUCUUCAUUGCCGUGAACCACAGCGUCUUCAUGGGCCGGCUCUCCCGCCUUUCCAGCGUCGUGCCCGGCUUCAGCCCGGCGUCCGCCACAAACAUCAAUCGGAGGUAUCUGCAGAGCCGAGUGUCGCCGGAGAACUUCCCCCUCGCCCUGGACAUCUUCAAUGACGCCUUGACCCGUAUGUUCCUGGUCUCCAUGGGUCUGGGAAUCGCGGGGUUCUUGAUAGCUUUCUUCCUGCCGUGGACGUCCCUGAAGAAGCCAGAAGCCGGUACUGAUGCCUCUGACGAGCUGGAUCUUGUUGAGCCUGUCGUGCGGCAGCCUCCAUGGAAUUGGGAUCACGACACAGGCCCGUGCCAGAUACACUACCGCCACACGAUUGCACUGGAACGCGGACACCGUGAAGGAGCAAGUCAAGAUGACAGCGAGAAGUGGGAGUCGAAAACACCGGAGCAUUCAAGACAGCGUUGUGUGUCUCUGUAG